UGUUAUCUGUGUUGUUGUGUUAAAUAAUUAUUCCAAUUGUUGAAUAUUUGGAAUUUGCAUGUGAAAACUAAAUAAUUUUUCAAUAAUAAGUUAUUAGUUUUUUACUGUUCUUCCAUUUGUAUAAUUUUAAUCAAAAUGUAUACAAAUCAGUACAUUCAAAAAUAUCAGCAAUUAUGUCCAUCUAAUAACAAUCAAAUGUACAAUUAUAACCAACAACAGGCUUACAGCACUCCACAACCAACUCGAACAGCUGCAACAUUUAUAAGGCCAACAGUACCUGGCAAACAGCCACAAGCAUCAACUCCUGACAAAAAGGUUACAAGUAUAUGGAUGGGGCGCGUGGAACCUUAUAUGACUGAAAGUUUCAUCACAGGUGCAUUUCAAAAGAUGGGAGAAUAUCCAACGAAUGUUAAGUUGAUGCCUAAUAAAAAUACUGGGGAAAUUGCUGGCUACGCAUUUGUUGAUUUCUAUGAUCCAGUAUCUGUUAUGCAUAAACUCAAUGGAAAAUAUAUACCUGGUACUAUUCCACCUGUUAAAUUCAAACUCAAUCAUGCUGGAAGUCCUGGAAAAACUACUGCAAGCGAUAGAGAUUUUUCUGUGUGGUUAGGUAAACUAAGCCCAGGUGUAGAUGACUAUCAGUUAUUUAAGACGUUUGCUUGUCGCUAUUCAUCUAUACGUACAGCUAAAGUGGUCUUGGACAGUGCUGGUUUCAGUAAAGGAUAUGGUUUUAUUAAUUUUGGCAGUGAAGAAGAGCAAAAACACUGUCUUAACAAUAUGAACGGUUUUUCAGGCCUUGGUUCUAAACCCAUUAUGGUUAGCAGUGUCAUACCAAAAUCAAAACUUCCUGUUGCUUCAAAUGACUCUGAAGGAUGGAAGGUCAGUCAAGAUGAUGAACAAUAUUUUGAAAGCUACUGGCAUCAUGCAUCUCGCAUCUCGCUCAAUCUGGAAAGAGACCGCAAAGUAAAAAAAUGAAUUGAAUGUUCUAAAUGGCGACGACUCAACACUAUAGAAGAUAUUUAAAUGAUAUUAAUAAUAAUAACAAUAUAAAGUAUUUAGAUACAUUUUCAAGUUUAUUUUAACAUUUCAGAUUGGUGUUCUAAUUUAUGAAUCAUAUUUUUAAA